UUCAUACCAAACAGAAUCGGGUGGACACCGAAUCGGGCAAAAAUGAAUGAAACAGGGAAUCGGUCCGAGUCGGGUACUGUACAAACACCCAUUAAUUAAUCAUAAUUAUACUCCCCAUGUGUGGUCUGUCAAAAUAAAAAAAAAAAAAUCAAAAGUGAGUGUAAAAGAUAAAGAGCAAGGAAGAAGAAGAUGAGUGGAGAAGGGAUUGGGAAGACGGUGUGUGUAACUGGAGCUUCUGGUUACAUUGCUUCAUGGUUAGUUAAGCUUCUUCUUCAACGAGGUUACACCGUCAAAGCUACCGUCCGUGAUCCCAAUGAUCCAAAGAAAGUAGAACACUUGCAUUCUCUAGAUGGAGCCAAGGAGAGGCUUCAUUUGGUUGCUGCAAACCUGUUGGAAGAGGGCUCUUUUGAUGCUGCUGUUGAGGGUUGUGAAGGAGUUUUUCACACUGCUUCUCCUUUCUAUCAUGAUGUUAAAGACCCACAGGCCGAGUUGCUUGAUCCUGCUGUGAAAGGAACACUUAACGUUCUUAAGUCCUGUGCAAAAGUCCCAUCAAUAACAAGAGUGGUUCUGACAUCUUCAAUGGCAGCAGUUGCACUCAACAGAAAACCUCGCUCUCCUGAGGUGCUGGUCGAUGAAAGCUGGUUUUCUGAACCUAAUUUCUGCAGGGAAUCAAAGAUGUGGUAUGUUCUCUCGAAAACUUUGGCCGAGGAAGCUGCAUGGAAGUUCGUAAAAGAGAAGGGUAUUGACAUGGUGACCAUAAACCCAGCAAUGGUUAUUGGACCUUUGUUACAACCAACACUCAACACAAGUGCUGCUGUUAUAGGGAGAUUAUUCAAUGGGUCAGAGACUUAUGGUAACAGUACUCUAGGGUGGGUUAAUGUUAAAGAUGUUGCCAUGGCACAUAUCCUGGCAUUUGAGAUCCCUUCGGCUAAUGGUAGGUACUGUAUGGUCGAAACUGUUGCCCAUUAUUCCGAGGUUGUGAAGACUUUAAAAGAGCUUUACCCAGAUGCCAAGCUCCCUAAAAAGUGUGAAGAUGACGGUCCUUUGAAGCCGACAUAUCAGGUCUCCAAGGAGAAAAUUAAGAGUUUGGGCAUUGAUUAUAUUCCAUUUAAAACAAGUCUUAAAGAAACCGUUGAAAGUUUGAAGGAGAAGAAGUUUAUAAACCUUUGAAUCUGUGUUGAAGACCAAUGGUAUUAGCUAGUACUCCAUUGAAUAAGGGUCUUUAAGUAAGAGUUUAUCUUUAGUUGGAAGUAAACUUAGUAUUUGUGUAUGUGUCAAUUUAGAUGUUUGUAUUCAUCUAUGGAUUAUUUUAAUUUGGAGUGCUUAAGUGGUUGACUUUCAAAGUCAACCAUAACAGUUGUCUAGUCUGAAGUGUUUAUCAAAGUUACAUAAAACAUUAUACCCAAUAAUAGUAUCAAUUUCUAUAUAUUAAAAUUUAGUAAAA